CCAACUAUGUCAUUUCAAAAUCCAAAAAAAAACAAAAUCCUUAAUUAAAAGUACCUAAAAUUAAAAGAAAAUGCUUCGCAAACUAUUUUUCGCACAUUAAACCCGAUCAUUAUCCAUUCCAAUAUUAAUUGAAAAUCCGUGUAGCUACGAAGAUUUCAUAAAGAACCACAUCAGAAAUAAUAAAAAUUAGGAGUUGUCAAAAAAAAAAUUUUUGCUGUCAAAUCAAAAAAAAAAAAAAUUGAAAUAGCGUCGCAAAAUGUCUAAAGAAGAUGAUCAUACCAGUGUAAACGAAACGAUAUCGAUUACAGUUAAAUCCCAAAUGAAAAAGGAAUCGUUUAAUAUAUCGACGGAGUCGACGAUUUUGGAGUUGAAGGAAUUGGUUUCGCCGAAAUUCGAAGCAAACGUUCCCGAUAUUCGGUUGAUUUACGCAGGGAGGAUAUUAAGGGAUGAAGAUACGUUGGGUAAUUUGAACAUAAAGAAUGGAUUUACCAUCAUUUUGGUUGUAAAAUCGACCGCGCCUCAACAUAGAUUACCAAAUAUUGGACUUCGAUCACCACCACUUAACGAAGUUAACAACCAACAACCUCUAGGGACAAGAAAUAGUCUGCACGAAUUAUUUACUGGGGCAAUGCUUCAAUAUUAUCUAGAUAACCCGGAAUUAAUCCGAACGAUGUUAACUAAUAACCCAGAAAUGCAAACAAUCAUUCAACAAAACCCCGAAAUUGGGCACUUAAUUAAUAACCCAACAUUUUUAAGACAAGCAGUCCAAUUUAUGGCCAACCCAAAUAUAGCCGAGGAAGUCCGAAGGAGUAAUGAUCGCGCUAUGAGUAAUUUAGAAAGUUUACCAGGGGGUUAUAAUUUAUUACAACAACUUUAUCAAAACGUAGAGGAACCAAUGAUGAACUCCGUUAACGAACAAUUCCAUGGUAAUCCUUUCGCUGCUUUAUCAACAACCCAAACACCAAAUUUACAACAAGGCGCUGAAAAUCGCCAACCACUCCCAAAUCCUUGGUCAAAUACGGCUCCGAACAUCACAGAAACUCCAAAUUACGGAACCCCGGAUGGAAAUGUAAACAAUUUACAAUCGAUUUUGCAAAGUUUCAUGGCGGGAUCCCAAGAAGUCCCUAAUACUGGUGGGAAUGUACAAGGUCAGGAGAUAUUACAAGCAUUACUUCAAGAACAUCAAGGUCUCUCAGCACUUUCUAAUCUUAUAUCAGCCGCUUUAAUGGAAUCGGAAGGAACGGGAGGUGAAAACCAAAUGCCCCAAUUUAAUAUUGAAAAUUUAACCGAAACCAUCGCCCAUUUAACGCAACAAAUCGGUUCGGAACGAGUUCCCCCCGAAGAACGUUACAGUAAUCAACUCAAUCAAUUGAAUGAAAUGGGAUUUCCAAAUCGAGAAGAUAAUCUUCAAGCUUUAAUAGCAACAUUUGGCGAUAUCAACGCUGCAAUUGAAAGACUUAUACCUCAUUAAUAAAAAUAAAUAUUAUAAGAAUAAUAAAAAUUGGUUAAUUAAACAUA